AUGGACUGUAAAAUCAAAGCAGCUGGAAAAAACUCUGGAAUUUUUCAUGAAGGUGGCACUAAAUCGUCGAAGAGCUUCUUGACCGUUUUUAUCCGAAGUGUUUUUCCUCUUUCCCCAAGUUUUCCUGCAGGCGGGGGAAUAUGGGGCCCCAUGGAAAAAAAACCGGGGGGGGUGGGAAAAAAAAAGGGGUCAGAAAAAAAAACUGCUCAGGGAAAUAUCUUCUUCUCCACAGAAAGAGACGCAGGCCAGGAAAAAUGUGGAAUAUUAUAUAAACAUUGUUUUUCCAUUUUGUACGGAUUUUUUUGGAAGAAAGCGGAUAAACCGAAAGAAAAAACGGGAAAUGGUUCCGGUUUGGGCAUUGUUUUUCCUAUUGGGCAAAAAAAAAUCCCGGAACCAGCUGACUCGGAUAUUUUUCUUCCUUGUUUCCGCUAUGCUGCUGCAAGUGACUUUACGAAGGCCAAGCGUUUCUUGGUGGAAAUUACUGCAGUGUACUGGGUUUCGUUGGAGGCCCAGCCUUCAUCUGCGUCUUGUUUAUUCAUUCUCAUCUGA